AUGGAGACUGUUAUUCCUGAUAGCGAUGAAAUGGCAAGCAGCCAACAACCACACCCACAGAGCAUAACCGGACGGAGUAUUUCGCUUGACUGUGCACCACGAUUUGGAACAUGCGACUGGGAUUUGUUUGUCCCACCCAAGGAGUCCAGUAUCAGCAGCCCAGACACCAUCGAGAGAGCCCUUCAGACAAUUUGCCAGUUCAUCGACGAGAGCCAAAUUAUCGUCGAAGAAAAGAAGAGCUUUGUUCUUCAAGAUCCCGCCGCCGAUACCUGGGGAAGCUGGGCAAACAAGGCAAUCAGCUUCAACACCAAAAAGGAUGGCCCAGCAGUCGUCCCCGUUGGGAUGAAUAAAGAGAACCCGAGCGAGCGCCCAAAUUGGAUUCAAACCAUCAUCGGCCUCCGACGCGGUGUUUUCAAACGCUGUCCAUGUGAAAUUGGCCCAGCCCACUACAAAGGUCGUCUGGGUGACUACAUCGCGACAGUCACUAGGGAUGAGUACAAAUGUCUGGAAGGGUACUGCAGCUGUGAGAUACCGACCCACUCGGAUUGGCAGGACGAACUGUAUGCGACCGAAAAGAAGCGAGAGAUCGUCGAGUUUUUCAAGCCGGCGCUCGAGAAGUUCUUGGAACUUGAGGUCGAUCUGCAACACCGCGAAGAAGAGAUCAAAGAAUAUCUUAACGGUGAGGCCAGAUUGUAUCCGAAAGGCUUUUCACUCAUGAAAAGAGAAUAUGAAGAUUCGAAGCCAGAUGGUACAAAUAAGAAACCUCGCAUACAGUCAGCCUUGCUUCGUCCAAAAUCAUCGCAAAGCCACCUCAGCACAGACGAGAUCCCAGUUGUCGCCAAUGUGGGAGAAUCCGAGACUUUAGACGGGCUAUGCACUUUCCGCCCAAAUGCGACAGGAGCAGAAUCCUCGGGAUCGACACCGACUGAGAGUGGCGCCACGAAGGAACCAUCCGCCGGUUCUGCCAUCUUGCACCCCCCUGGAGCAUCCACUGUCUUACCCCAGGAUUCAGUCCUCCCAGAAAGACCCCCCACCCCAGUUUCGACCGCCGGGUGCCGCAUUAAGAGAACUCCGAAGGAAAGACAGGAGGCUCCCAAGUUCAUUUCCGACUACGUGAGACAGGGAUAUUCAUAUGAUCAGAUACGAGAACCGUACCGGCAUGAAUUCGGCGUCUGGCGUAGUUCUUCAGCACUGUACAAUCACUCCCUUGGGAAUCGCAAGAGAUAUGCGGGGCAAAUCAUGCAUUGA